CCAUUAAAUUCCCUCUUCCUCCUUCUCACAACACAAACCACUCCUUCUCUUCUUCCUCCUCUAGCUGAAAUGCAAGCCCAUCAGGUCUUCAGGCUUCUUUUACUUCUCUUUACUCUCCACUCUGCUGUUUCUGAAAUCUUCUUUGAAGAACGCUUCGAAGAUGGGUGGAGAGACAGAUGGGUGAUAUCGGAUUGGAAGAGGAGCGAAGGCAAAGCUGGGAGUUUUAAGCACUCUGCAGGCAAGUGGCAUGGUGAUCCUGAUGACAGAGGUAUCCAAACAUACCCUGAUGCCAAGCACUAUGCCAUAUCUGCAAAGAUACCGGAGUUAAACAACAAGAAUAGGACUCUUGUGAUUCAGUACUCUAUCCGAUUUGAGCAAGAGAUUGAAUGUGGUGGUGGAUAUAUUAAGCUUCUCUCUGGUUAUGUCAACCAGAAGAAAUUUGGAGGUGACACACCAUACAGUCUUAUGUUUGGACCAGACAUCUGUGGCACACAGACAAAGAAGCUCCAUGCUAUAGUUUCCUAUCAGGGACAAAAUUAUCCCAUAAAAAAGGAGUUAGAGUGUGAAACAGACAAGUUAACUCAUUUCUACACAUUCAUUAUAAGGCCGGAUGCAACAUAUAGUAUCCUUAUUGAUAACCGUGAGAGAGAGUCCGGAAGCCUUUACAGUGACUGGGAUAUCCUUCCUCCUCGUAAGAUCAAAGCCGUUAAUGCUAAAAGGCCUGCAGAUUGGGACGAUAGAGAGUAUAUUGAAGACCCUAAUGAUGUAAAACCAGAGGGAUAUGACAAAAUUCCAGCUGAGAUUCCUGAUCCAAAGGCUAAAAAGCCUGCCGAUUGGGAUGAUGAAGAGGAUGGAAUAUGGAAACCAGCAAAGGUACCAAAUCCAGCAUUUAAAGGACCAUGGAAACGCAAGAAAAUCAAGAACCCAAACUACAAGGGGAAAUGGAAAAUUCCAUGGAUUGAUAACCCAGAGUUUGAAGAUGACCCUGACAUCUAUGUGUUGAAGCCAAUUAAAUAUGUUGGCAUUGAAGUUUGGCAGGUAAAAGCUGGCUCAGUGUUUGACAACAUUUUGAUUUGUGAUGACCCGCAAUAUGCAAAACAAGUUGUGGAUGAGAUAUGGGCACAUAGGGAGGCUGAAAAGGAGGCAUUUGAAGAGGCAGAGAAAGUGAGAAGAGCUCAGGAAGAGGAGGAAGCUAGACGAGCAAGAGAGGAAGGUGAGAAGAGGAGAAAAGACCGGGAUCACCGUUACAGGCGCCGACGAAGGUAUGAUCGACAUGAUUACGACGACCAUGAUGAGCUUUGAGAUCUACUUCGGUUUCUCUGGCUUUAAGGCCCAAAGUGUGUUCAGACACGAGCUUAUGGUAUUCUUCCGCAGUGGAUAUCUGCGGCGCUGCUGCUUCAUUCCCUCUCUUUUUGCAUAUUUAGAAUGGCUGUGUUAUUCUUGUUGUAACAUUAAAUGUCUUUGUAGUGACUGGAACCAAAUUCCAAAAAUGAUUUUGAUUUUUGAACUACUUAUACAAGCCUCUUGUUGCUUAGAUAAUUCACAUACUUGAUUAUCUAAUGCUUGAGCAGUUUACACUAAUGAAGUGUUCUGUUUAGAUUAUAUAACCUCUUUGUAAUAAGGUCAUUGAAAUGUUAUACACUUACAUUGUGGGCUUAAUUUAUAAGUUUCAGUCA